CAAAAAUACACAAAACACAGCAAAACAUUUAGGAUGUGCUCUCCUCCUUCCCUCUCCCUCUCUUCAUUUCUCUCUCUCUCUACACGCAAAUCGAGACCAAUUAAAAUAACAGAUUCUCCCCAAGAAAAAUAAUGACUUAAACAACUAAAUUAACAAAAUUAGAGAGAUUUUUUUCUUUUCAUAAAAAUAAAAAUCUAGGGUUUCUAAAUCCAUCUUCUCCCUGUUUUUCUCUCUCUUUCUCUUUGAUUUUCCUUCCCUCCAAACGCCAUUCUUUCUUUCUCAUUUUCCCGGGAAAACUUGCUUCAAUUUUCCAUUGGUUUCUUUUCUGUUCCAUUUUUCUCUCUCUCUCUCUCUAUUGUAUUCCGGUGAUCUCAAAGAUAUUUUUCUCCUGGGAGGUCAUUUUCCCGGGAAAUUAUUUUGCUUCCGAGUUUCUUGGAAUUUCACAGGUAUAUUGCAAUUAUUGUGGUGAUUGGAAUCGAGGAAGGGAAAUAACACUAGUGUUAUUAUUACAGAAGAUCUAUUAUAAUCAACAAAGAGAGAGAAAAUACUUUUUAAGAGCUUCAAAGCUAUGAUAAUGUUUUUUAAUAAUUUGUAGUAGUGGUUGAAGAAAAACAUAUAUACUUUUUUCCCUUUGAUUUUGGAUGCUAAUUGUCUGAUGAAUUUCGAGGAAACUUCGCCUACCUCUCCGACCAUGCAGGCAAGAGCUUUGGUGAAAUGUUUUAGUUGUGGGUGUAGUUGUUCUUUUGUAGCGUCUUCAUCUCCUGUGCUUCGAUCCGUUAAACGCAAAUUUGAUGGGUUUGAGGCAGGAAAUAAUUUCUUCAUACCUGGAUUUGAUCUCUUCGCAAAUCCGCGUGUGCAAAUUGAGAAUGAAUGUGAUGCGCUACGUGAAACAGUUAGUAGCCAGCAAAAUGCAAUUCAGGAUUUAUAUGCGGAAUUGGAAGAGGAGAGGAAUGCUGCAUCUUCUGCUGCAAAUGAGGCUAUGUCAAUGAUAUUGAGGUUGCAGAGGGAAAAGGCAGAGAUCCAGAUGGAGUCCAGGCAAUUUAAGCGUUUUGUUGAGGAGAAGAUGGCUCAUGACCAGCAGGAGCUUGUAGCUUUGGAGGAUUUAUUGUAUAAGAGAGAGCAGGCUCUUCAGUCCCUGACUUGUGAAAUUCAGGCUUAUAAGCAUAGGAUGCUCAGUUAUGGGCUGACUGAAGCUGAGGUGGAGGUGGAGAAGAGUGGAUUUAGCCGUAACCUAAGUAUGGCUGAAAAUUUGGAUGCUUCUCAAUUUGAGUUUCCUAUGUAUGAUUACCCACCCUUGAAAUGCAAUUUGAAUGAGAACCCUGGUGUUUAUGAGGCUGAGGCUGAGGCUGAUGAUGAUGUUGUGGAUGUUGAGAAAUAUGCUUUUGGUGAGACUCCCAGGGAACAUUUGAAGAAUUUGGAAAUUAGAAUCAAUCAGAUGGAGAACAGUCCCACCGGCAGUCAAUUAGAUGCGGAACCCUCCAGCACAAAGAAUAUCCUUGAGAAGGUUAUAGUUGGCCACUCUCCUAGGCGAGCAAGACACAACAGAAUGUUUUCUGGUGAUAGUUCUAAUUCUUUCAUGGGGAUGUCAAGGGAAGUAGGUCCUGAUAUUGUUAACGAAUCUCCUCGUUUUAAGUUCAAUAGUAGUUUCCAGAAAACAGACUAUGUUACUCAUUCAGAAGACUAUUCAAAUAUGAGAAAAGUGGAUAACGCAUCAGAUUAUGGAGAUGACAUGAGCGACAGAGUUUAUACCAUUGAUUCUGUCCAUAAUGGGGUGCCAAAUAAUGGCGUAACCGCGCCGAAAUCUGGAGUUGGGAUUUGUGAAGAUUAUGUUUCAACUCCUAGGGACACACUGGAUCAACCUGAUAUUAGUGAUCCUGACAUCAAAAAGCUUUACAUGAGGCUUCAGGCUCUGGAGGCUGACAGGGAAUCUAUGAAGCAGGCACUUAUUUCAAUGCGAACUGAUAAAGCCCAGAUGGUAUUGUUGAAAGAAAUAGCUCAACAUUUGUCUAAGGAAAUGUCACCAGAAAGACGACUGCCUGUGAAGAAAUCUUCCAUUAUUCAAACCUUUUCAUUCAUGUCGGUUUUCAAGUGGAUUGCAUCCUUCAUUUUCUGGAGAAAGAAAGCUCGUCGAAGCCGGUAUACAUGUGGGAUUUCAGCCACCAAUGUUGGUUUACUUCUGCUUCUAGACAAAGGACCUCGGACAAGGCAGUGGAGAUGUCUUACGAGUACACAAGUAUGAAACCACUAGUAGAACUACCAUAUCCAUUUGAAGCUAAUGCUCACACAAGUGAGCCCCAAGUGGAGUUCGGUCACGUUGCCUUAUUUUUUGCAUUCUUUUCUAUAUUCCUUUGCUGCUGCAGAUUUGAGUGCUUUUUGUGCAGUAUUUCUUUGAUUUCAACUUUCUGGAUUGAGUAUUUUUUGCUUGUUGAUCAGUGAAAGAUGGAUAUUGUAUGGGUAUGCUUACCCAUGUAGUUUGUUGGACUGUAGCUUGAGGUACAUGUCCUAUCUUGUAAAUUGCAGAUUCUUGUAUGAUUCACAAUCAAAUAUGCAAUGGCUAUUUUUUUUCUUUUA